CUUCGUUAAGAAGCUUGUGUCUCUGAAAGUCAGGUGUGAAAUGUACAGCCACAUGUAAAACUCUCCGUGUCCAUGUGAUUUUGUUCAUUGAUUCUACUUUUUGUAAAAGAAGUCUGUUUACAUCCCAUUUUCCCAUUUUCCCAUUCCUCUAGAUAAAAAUUCUAGAAACCAAAGUUUCAGCAAGAAAUUCCAUUCCAAGAUCUAGUGCCAGAUUUCCUUCCUUAUUUGAUUAGAUUGUCAUUUCCCCUAGGGUUUCCUUGUUCAGAGAUGUUCUUUGCUGCCCCUUGAAUGCUCUGAAAUUUCAUUUCUUUUCUCCAAUUUUCUGCCUUCUUCGUUGAUUAGAUCUAUGUGUGCUUGUUAGGGUUUGUUUUUGUUCAAAGUUUUUAGCUUUGUUGCUGGGUAUUUAGGGUUUUGUUUGUUCCUUCUCUUAUCUCAAUUUACAGCGUCAUUUCUGGUUUGGGUUUGUUUUGUAUAAUUCUGCUAUGGAUAAGGAUAAAUAUACAAACCACGGUGGAGGUUUACCACCUCCCUCAGGUCGUUUCUCGGGUUUUUCUUCGAGCGGGAAUCCGAGCACUUUCAAUGUGAAAACUGAACCGGCUUCAUCGCCAGUCUGUUUUCCAAUAGCGGGUUCUAGUUCUGAAGCUGGACAUUUCUCUCACGGGGCGGAUUCUAAAAGGUUUAGCCAUGAUAUUAGCAAAAUGCCCGACAACCCACCCAAGAAUAUCGGUCAUCGCCGUGCUCAUUCCGAAAUACUCACUCUGCCGGAUGAUAUUAGCUUUGAUAGUGAUCUUGGGGUCGUGGGUGGUGCUGAUGGUCCUUCCUUCUCUGAUGAGACUGAGGAGGAUUUGUUUUCUAUGUAUCUUGAUAUGGACAAGUUCAAUUCAUCUUCAGCCACAUCGGUGUUUCAAGUGGGUGAGUCAUCGGGCACGGCAGCAGCUGCUGCCCCAGGACCUGCUGUGCCUGGAGGAGUGGAUGCUAGUUCCGGCGAGAAAGUGGCUAUUGGGUCUGCUGAAAAGCCUAGGAUUCGACACCAACAUAGCCAGUCCAUGGACGGGUCGACAAGUAUUAAGCCUGAAAUGCUUAUGUCAAGUGCUGAAGAGGCGUCCCCUGGUGAUUCUAGGAAGGCCAUGUCAGCUGCUAAGCUUGCUGAGCUUGCUCUUAUCGAUCCCAAGCGUGCUAAGAGGAUCUGGGCAAAUAGGCAAUCAGCUGCAAGGUCAAAGGAAAGGAAGAUGCGGUAUAUAGCGGAGCUUGAGAGGAAAGUACAGACACUGCAAACUGAAGCAACUUCACUGUCUGCUCAAUUGACUCUUUUGCAGAGAGAUACAAAUGGUUUGACUGCUGAAAAUAGUGAAUUGAAACUGCGCUUGCAAACAAUGGAGCAACAGGUUCACUUACAAGAUGCAUUGAAUGAUGCACUGAAAGAGGAAAUUCAGCACCUGAAGUUACUGACGGGCCAAGCAAUGCCAAAUGGUGGACCAAUGAUGAGCUAUUCUUCAUUCGGGGGCAGCCAACAAUUCUAUCCAAACAGUCACGCUAUGCAUACACUUUUAACUGCACAGCAGUUUCAGCAGCUUCAGAUUCAUUCGCAGAAGCAGCAUCAGCUGCAUCAACUUCAGCAGCAACUGCAACAGCAGCCACCACAGCAGCAGCAACCACAACAACCAACUGGGGAAUUGAAAAUGAGAGGAUCCAUGGCUCCCCCUAAUCAGAAAGAUAAUUCAUCUGAUACAAGCUCUGCUGCAAUGAAGGAUUAAAGAGUUAGUUGUUCCUUGCCAUAGUUCAAAUCUUAAGUCUCAGUCUUUCUUAGAUAGGAUACAUUUACUUUUGCCCAUUUCUCCUGUCUGUUUAAAUGCAUCUAUUUAGCAUUUAUUUGUAGGCAGAUAAAUUUGAUUUUAGUGGGAGAUUUCUAUUUUCUUCCUAGUUUUUCGCAUCAGUAUCACCGGUCCCUGACUUUUAUAUAUCUCAAUGGAAGGACCAUUGGAGGCAACCCACAAAACUUGGACCAAUAGAGGUAAACAAAAAAAGUGAAGGAUGGGGCGUUAAAUGUGGCCCCUGGGAGAAAGGUUGGGAACCAAAAUGGAUUUUAAGUUUUUACUAAGUGUUUCCCGAUGUGUUUGAGAUUGCGGUUGGAUUUGGGAAUGUCGUUGGGUCCUUUUUUUUGUAGUUAUAUAGUAUUUUUAGAUAUAUGUGGUUGGUAUUUUUUUUUUAUAUUUUAUUUUUGAAAAACUAUUAAAAGUUACAAUAGAUC